AAAGCCGCCAACUUCUUAACGUUAAUGUUCACGUUCCUUCUUUGAUCUUUAUCACACACUCCUUAUCUGCUUGAAGCAUCGACUUUUUAUCACAUUCAUUCCAAAAAUUCCACUCCCUGUAGCUAAACAUCAACAAAAUAUUCAUUCAUAUUCUAUUUUCAUCUCAAACACGGACCCCACCACAUCAGUCGCCACGCAUUUUGCACCCAACAAUCAUUUCCAAAUAUACAUCUCAAACAAGACAUCACCAACAAUGCUUUCCAAGCUUAGCCUCUCCCUUGUUGCGCUACAAGCAAGUCUUGCACUGGCUGGCAAUGCCAUCAUCUCCAACCGUUGCGACUACGACGUCUGGGUCUGGAGUGUCUCUCCCAACGCCUGGGGUACCCCAGUCCACGUUCCCGCGCGCUCUCAGCACAGCGAGCCUCUGACCAACACUGGCACCUCCCUCAAGAUCAGCAAGUCCUCUGAACUGCUUGCUGGACAUCACACUCAAUUCGAGUACUCCAUUGCUGGCAAACAAAUCUGGUACGACAUCUCUUUUGUCGACUGCGCUAAAGGCAACUCUGCGUCAAACUGCCCUGGCCACGACGAUGGUCUCGCCAUGGAAGCCAGCAACUCCGCAUGCGGCGCCAUUGACUGUCAGGCUGGAACCUAUUGCCCUACCCAGGCUUACUACGUGCCCCAACCUUUGUUGACCCUCGGCAUCAAUGAGCCGGUAUUCAACUGCCCUGCCUCGGUCGGAACCAAUGUCGACAUGUACAUGAAGAUCUGCUCUGGUCAGGAAACUCUGAAGCGGAGUGUUGCAGGAAGGGUGGAAAUGCCCCUUGCGGGCGAGGCUUGAGAAACUCACUGGUGACACUUACGACUUUUACCUUUUCAUUCUUGGUACAUAUACAUUGCAGAGGGUCUUGGAUAGACCCGGUUUGGAUGAUUAUUUUUAUGACACAUGAUACAAAUGACACAAGUCCUUGUUUUGGGAA